AUGAUGCAGAUUUAUUAUGCUGUGAUUGACUGGAAAGGUUUCCUUAAUUCGCUUUCCUUUACGUGGUUCAUGGACAUCAUCUUCGAUGAAUUUAGGGAUGGCAAGAUUAACCUAGAUAAGGCCUUGAAACUCUUCAAUAAGAUGGAAAUCAGCUAUGACUACAUUCAUGUGAAAAAAGUGUUUAAGAAAAAUGACAGUCAGAAAAAGGGACUCAUCACCAUGGAAGAUUUCCGCGCCAUUUACCGAACGAUUUUGCACAGGCCCGAACUUAGUGAACUCUUCAACAGUUACUCGCAAAACAAAAAAGUCCUAUCAGCGGCCAAUUUUGUGGACUUUCUAAAAAAGGAACAGUUUGAACUGAAGGCUGAUGAACGAAGAGCUGGCUCUCUCAUUAGUAGAUACGAACCCAUUGAAGAAGCGAGAAAACGAAAGGAGAUGACCUUCGAAGGCUUCAUACGAUACAUGCUUUCAGAAGAGUGCAGCAUAUUCAAAAAAGAGAACAAAACUGUUUACCAAGAUAUGAGCCGCCCACUGUGUGAUUAUUACAUAUCAUCAUCACACAAUACCUACUUGAUACAAGACCAGCUUAUAGGGCCGAGCCAUCUAUGGGGCUAUGCCAAUUCCCUGAAGAGGGGAUGCCGCUGUGUAGAAAUUGACUGCUGGGAUGGGCCAGAUGGUGAGCCCAUUGUGUACCAUGGACAUACCUUGACCAGCAAGAUCACCUUCAGGAAUGUCAUCAGUGUGGUUCACAAGCAUGCCUUUGAGGCAUCAGAUUAUCCCAUUAUCGUAUCUUUGGAGAACCACUGUAGUCCUAAACAACAGGAGAGAAUGGCAGCUCACAUGCUACACAUGUUUGGAGAUACACUCUGUGUUUCAACACUUGAUGAUACUAUGCCAACGCAUCUACCCUCCCCAGAGCAACUGAAAUUGAAGGUCUUGAUAAAGAAUAAAAAAGUUGGCACCUUGGAAGAUACUCUUCGAUGGAGGGGUGGUUGUAAGGGAGAGGGAGAAACGGGAGACGCGGAAGAUACCUCCGGAACAGAUGAGGAGGACGACGAAGCAUCUGAGGAAUUGCUAAAGAAACUUGCUCAGAAACCUCCUAAAAAGGGCAAGAAGGAAAAGGAGCACAAGGUAAAAGUGGCCAUGAUGCUGUCAGAACUUAUCAUUUACACCGCAUCCCGGAAGUUUUCCAGCUUUGAAGAUUCGAGGGAGAAGCAGAAAUUUUACCAAAAUAAUUCAAUCGGAGAGGUGAAAGGCCAAAAGCUCAUAAAAAGGAGAGCCCCUGAUUUUGUGUUGCACACCCUCCGCUUCCUCACAAGAAUCUACCCCAAAGGAACCAGGACAGACUCUUCAAAUUAUGAUCCACAAGAAUUCUGGAAUGUUGGGUGCCAGUUAGUGGCCUUGAAUUUCCAGACACCUGGAGUCCAAAUGGACCUGCUAAUUGGGAAGUUUAUGGACAAUGGUGGCUCUGGUUAUAUCUUAAAGCCAGAAUUCUUGAGGAAGAGAGAUGCAUGUUUUGACCCAUUCCAGGUAACUGGGAAAUAUAAUCCAGUUACAUUGACAAUAAAGGUUAUCAGUGGUUAUCAGCUGCCUCCGAGUAACCUUUCCAAGAGUAAUAAGGCUGAUCCUCUAGUCAAAAUCGAAAUCCAUGGUGUUGCCGCAGACAUGGCAAAACAGCAGACUUCUGUUAUAAAGAACAAUGCUUUAAAUCCUAGAUGGAAUGAAACAUUCACAUUUAAUAUCCAGGUCCCAGAUCUUGCCUUAAUACGUUUUGUUGUAGAGGAUCAGAUGGUAAUAACUUCCAAUGACUUCCUUGGCCAAUUUACUUUACCACUUCUGAGCAUGAAUAAAGGUUAUCGCCAUGUUCCACUUGUCUCCAAACUUGGGGUCUCCCUCAAGCCUGCCUCACUCUUUGUGCACGCCUGGUACAUUGAACAGUAA